GUGGGUGGGCUGGCCCAUGGCUGAGACCUCUCUCCCAGAGCUGGGGGGAGAGGACAAAGCCACACCUUGCCCCAGCAUCCUGGAGCUGGAGGAGCUCCUGAGGGCGGGGAAGUCUUCUUGCAGCCGCGUGGACGAAGUUUGGCCCAACCUUUUCAUAGGAGAUGCGGCCACGGCAAACAACCGCUUUGAGCUGUGGAAGCUGGGCAUCACUCACGUGCUGAACGCCGCCCACGGGGGCCUCUACUGUCAGGGCGGCCCUGACUUCUACGGCAGCAGUGUGAGCUACCUGGGGGUGCCAGCCCACGACCUCCCUGAUUUUGACAUCAGUGCCUACUUCUCCUCUGCGGCUGACUUCAUCCACCGUGCCCUCAACACGCCUGGGGCCAAGGUCCUGGUGCACUGUGUGGUGGGCGUGAGCCGCUCUGCCACGCUGGUCCUGGCCUACCUCAUGCUGCACCAGCGGCUGUCCCUGCGCCAGGCGGUCAUCACUGUGAGGCAGCACCGAUGGGUCUUCCCCAACCGAGGCUUCCUGCACCAGCUCUGCAGGCUGGACCAGCAACUGCGGGGUGCCGGCCAGAGCUGA